AUGUCUUCUGUGUCCAGCAGGACCACGGACUCGAACUCUGGACCCACCCCGUCGGGUUGGACGACCUCAGUCCACCAUUUUUUUCAGCGCUUCCCCAGGGAAGCUUAUGGUCAAUCACCGGCCACCAUCGGUGUCCGUAAUCGUCAUGGUGGGAUUUCCGAUCCGAAUACAGCGCCUCUCGCCGACAGCGGUACCACGCACGAGCCCGCGAGGAGCACUUCUGCCUUCACCAGGCCCGAAAGGGAUCAAGAGGACAGAAACGCUAGACCACGAUCUUCAGCUCCAUCAGAGAGCAGGUCGCGCCCUCCAGCUACCGGCGGUUCCGAGAGCAUUCUGCGCGACGCAAGAAAGUCGUCGAUGGCUCGUACUCCUUCUUCCAGACCGUCAGCUCAGGCUGUCGCACCCGAACGAAUGGUGUAUACGCGCGGCGAUCCAUUUUCAGCGUCUUUGCCGACUUCACCUCCUGCGCGUGUCGCCGAAUCUCACCCCAGCAUGUUCUCCAGUGCCGCGCCGACAAGGAGGUCUUCUUCUGGUGGGACUUACGCUCAUGGACCACAUGCUCAAGACACAUUACCGUUCACGCGAUACCCCCAGCGGCAAUACUGGCUACCACUCAAAGUUUCUACCCCUUCACCUCUUGAGGUCCAAACUCAAAGAUAUCAGGCGACUUCGGGGAAGUUUGGCGAUCGCUUCUUCAGCGACUUAUGCACAACGUUGACCUAUAGGUUGCCACUAUUUCUCUAUCUCAUGCUGCUAUUCCGUAUGCCCGUGUUCUAUCACGGAAGGGUCGCUCGCGUGCUGGAAGACGCCGAGUUGAGCAUGGCGGAGGUUCAGAAAUUAGCGAGAACUACUGCCUCUGGAUGGAAGGACAAGGGUCGGAAGGAGCGACAGGAAGCUUUGGCCCAGUUACACCACAUCUCCAACUGGAGUACUGCUCCUCAAUAUGCGUCGCAGGUGACUCCUGCGAUGCAUCGCUUCCGGGAUUCUUGGGAGACUUUCAUUGACUCUCUUCUUCGUGAGUGGAAAACCCAAAAUAUUAUUUCCGCACUCCUCCUGUCUGCGCUAGUCUCGAUGCUACAGAUUGACGAUGCUGCUUCGGAUAUCGUGACGAGGACAGCGUGUCUCCUCUCCCUCACAGCUGCUCUGAUGUCCCUAUUGUACGGUUGCUUGUACAUCAUUCGCUUUGGAACGAUGAAGCGGAUGCAUAAGGCAUCCGCUUGGGCCGAGGAAGCACAAAAGCAACGCGAGGCCAUCUGGUGGAACGUUUGGGUUCUUUUAGCUAUGCCUGUCGUGUGGCUCGCAUGGUCACUCAUCCUGUUCAUCUUCAGCAUCAUGUCCUAUGCCUGGCGAACGGGUUCGCAUGACACGGAUCGCUCAAAAAGCGAUUCUGCCACCUCUGCGACGCGUAUCUCGAUGGCAUGCAUGUUCGGCCUCGGCAUGGCCUAUCUGAUUGCCAUGAGUGUGACUUUUACACGCUACGGAGAGGGCAUGGAUAAUGCCUGGAAAGCUCGACUGACAUCUAUGGUUCAACAGCUGCUACCAGAAGACUCGAUAUACAGCUCUCAAGGACGGCCUAACAGUGGCCGCCACUCUCGCCCCUCUCAAAUGGAUGGCAUGUCACUAGUACAGGAAAUUACGCAGUCCACAGCACCUCCCACCAUUCUCGCUCACCCGCGUCCCUUGUAUGCUGCGCCACCACAACUAAGGCAGUCUGUCAUCGACCUCCCUGGGCAAUCGCCAUACCCCCAGGAGCAGCUGGUGCAGCCGAAUCCGUCCGGGAAUCCGGCAUUUCGACCUCCUUCGCAUGUUGCGAUGCCAUAUCAGCUGCCGAGGGUUGAUGACCCUUCCGUCGCCGAAUCAACCUCUUCCACUAUAUCGCACGAUUUUGCGCCAUAUGGCCGACUGCUUCCCGAAGGCGGCCCCUUCAUCGUAGUGGAGACCUCGUCAAUGUCAGAUAUUCCAACUUCGAUGCCACAGGUGCUUGAGAGUGCAUUUCCUCGCUUGGUACGAUUCAAGAAUCCGGCCACGGUUGUGGAGUUCGCGUCUUCGGACGCCAUCCUUACAAGUGCCGGGAGUCAAACAACGCAAAGUUCGGCUGCAUCUUUUGAAUCCCAUCGCUCUCGCUUCUCCUCCGGACCAAGCGUCAUGGCACCUGUAGCUCUCGCCCCAGGACCAGCGGCAACUGAGAUUGCGCAUGGUCCAUCCGGACUGCAUGCGGCUGUUGAACAAGAGCAUACAAUCAGCGAAACCGAAUUGUCUGGCGAUGGGCGACAGAUACGCGAUCAAGAUUUGCUGCAGGUGGCCCACGCGAUGGAUUUCGACGGAAAUGGAGAUACCGGCGCACGACUACUGGGGCGCUCCAGGAGACUCACGAAAUUCAUCCCUCAUCCCAUCAUCGAGUUGCUGCGCAAUCCUAUGUGGUGUAUGGACUACAGCUCUUUAUUAUUCGAUGUCGUUUUUCCAGAGCGUGGCAUAGAACGCUCAGACUUCUUGAGGUUCAUUCGUUCCCUGCAUGAGAUCGCGCUUCGUCACCGUGCCCCGCCAGAGGCACUUUCACCACAAAAUCAGGCGUUACCUCCGGCGGUGUUACACCGCGACCGCAUCCACGUUCCAUGUCUGCACCUGGUUUACGAGGAGCUGAAGCGCUGGAAUAUGCAUCUAUUUCGGCGACACGGCAUGUCAGCUGUUCUCACCUACGAGAAUCGGCUCCGUGCUGACGACGUAUACUCGGUCUACGUUGUUGACUCCUCGGAUGCCCUUUCGAUGCACCCAGCUCAAUUGAAGGCGAUGUUCGCCCAGAGCGAGUUGACGUUGGGAUUGGAUUGCGAGCGGUUGGUCAUGCACCUACUCAGUUGCCGACCGCUUUCACUGGGAGAGCCCUGUAUCAUCCAUACGGAUGUGGUUCUUGACCUUCAGCCUGUUAUUGACAUCAGGGACUUCUCUAGUCACGACGAAUCAUUCCGUUCGGUGGCGUCGGCGCACACUAGCGGUGGCGCCAGCUCGAUCCACACCUACGAGCUCGAGCUGUUGCAAACUCCGCGCGCGCCUCAGGCUUCCUCUUCAAUGCCUUCUGACGGCGAUGCAAAUAGGGACGACGAUCAAGAUCGGGUCUCGCUCCCGUUGUUGGACAAUGAAGGGGCGGAGGCCGAAGAGGAGGAGAUCAUUUUGUUUCCUCGACUUCGCCCGUCCAGCAUGUCCUCAACAAGCUUCACAUAAUCGUAAUGAAUGCGGUAGGACUCCGUACAAAAACUAGAUGCUAUCUUGCAUAUGUGCAUCGCCGCUGGUCCAUCAUGGCGAACGUGCAACCGUCCAUCGACUUCACCUCAGUGCACUGAUCCUCAGCGUUCCAUCGAUUACCGGCCUCGACUCUUUCGAUUUUUCCUUUGGUUCUCAAAAUUCUAAUAUACAUAACUGAAUUCACGGUUCUGUCCAUACCUCACGUCGAUUCACGCAGGUAUUCUCGAGAUGGAACCAGGGAACAUUGUUGCUACUUUUCAUCUACGGCACAUACAUACAUAUCUCUCACCGCUUGGAAGACAGCUGCGGGUGUAGAGCUCGGC